AUGUCCCAGCUGCCCACCCCCACCCCACUUCACUCCCCACCGCCUGGGGAGCAGGCAAUUACCAGGGCUGAGUGUGGGUAUGUUGCGGCUGCGGUUAACAGCUUCGCUCAAGUUGGGGUGGGCAGCGCUGUCCUCCUCUUCGCUUUGCGAACUCCUCCUCCUCAUCCUCCUCUUUUUGCUGUUGUUGUUUAUGCCUUCGACGCGAGUGCGGAAAGUGUGCGCGUUCGAGUUUGGUGCGUUGUUGUUGUUGCUCCUCUGCGCGUUCAUGUCAACCGCUCAAGUCAAUAA